AUGCAUCAUAACACUUGUUCUCAACCACACGUCAUGGGACACUGUACAUGCGGUAUGUUUCAUGGACAAGCACAAAACAAUUCUUUCUCAAUGUUAUUCUCUAAACCUUACGAAGAAUCUCUUGAAACCUAUUGCUUCACUCCGUCUUCUACUUCUUCUUCUGUUGAUUGUACUCUCUCACUUGGAACUCCUUCCACUCGUUUCACUGAAGAUGAAGAGAAACGAAACCGACAUGAGCGUCGCUCUGUUAAAAACUUCUGUUGGGAUUUACUAACUCCCAAACAGUACAACAGUACUCAAACGAAACCUACGCGAGGAAGCAAUAUCAAUCACAACAUCAACAAUAAUGAUUCUCUCCUUGCUCGCAGAUGCGCUAACUGUGACACUACCUCUACACCCCUUUGGAGAAAUGGCCCUCGUGGCCCAAAGUCACUGUGCAAUGCCUGUGGGAUUAGAUUCAAGAAGGAAGAGAGAAGAGCAAGUGCUGCUGCUGCUACACCGACAGCGGUAUCAGUCGGUGUAAUGGAAACAGCUCCAAUGUAUAACCACCACCACCACAAUCACAGCUCAUGGUUUGUCCAACCGCAGAACCAGAAGACACAGUGCUACUCUCAGGCAAUUAGUAACGAAUUUCGCUUCAUGGAUGACUCUGAUCGUGAUUCUGAGAAUGGCAUUCCUUUUCUCUCUUGGAGACUCAACGUCACUGAUAGAACAAGCUUCGUUCAUGACUUUACCAGAUGA